GUGGAAAAUAUACUAGAAAAAAGUUAAAAUCGUCAAAUUCUGAUUGGAACAAAUGGUUUAUUAACUUUAAUGAAUCCGAUGGAAAAAUUGUGCCAGAAUUUAAUAAUUUUAUUUUUACAAAUGUAAUGUGUGGACAAAUGGGGAAUCAAAUAUAUCGUUAUGCUUCAUUAUAUGCGAUGGGAAAAUUAUUAAAACGAACACCAGUUUAUUUACAUAAUGAAACAAUUUUGUUAAAAAUGGAAGAAGAAUUUUCAAAAAUAUUUCCAAAUUUCUAUAAAAGAAUUUAUUAUUUGAGGCCAGAUUUUGAUGAAAUUGAGAAGUUUAGAUUAAUUCAAUCUUGUUGUGAUUUUGUUGAUCCUGAAAUAAUAUUACAAACAAAUCAUUCAACAAGCAAAGGACUUAAAUUAAUUGGAGGACCUAAUUUUAUUAAUUACAAAUAUUUUGAUCAUUUGAGAAAUGAUAUUUUGGAGAUAUUUAAAUUCAAUGAGGAUGUAAUCUUGAAUAUUUCACAAUUAUGGAAUAACACAAAAUUGAGGUUGAUUUUUAAAAAUAUAAUUUAA